AUGGAUGAUCUCACAAGCGCGUCUCAGGUAAUGCUACAAUUAUGUCAGGCGGGAGGGGUGGACGCCCCCCUAGGCUUGGGAGCAGGUCUGGGUCCAGGUCCGGGAACAUUGACACCACCCGCAUUAGGAAAUGGCUCUGCGUCGAAUGGGUUGGUAGCUGGAGUUGGCGAAUCGUUGGGGAGCCCGCUUGUCGUUCGCAGACGACGUCAGUGGAGAGAGUCGGAGACCAUGAUGUUCAUACGCAGCUGGGAAAAGCAUCACGAUGCUCUGAAGAGCCACCGAAGAAACGCCCAUAUCUAUGAAAAGAUGAGGGAUGAACUCGCACAGAAUGGACUCAAUGUAACUACCCAGCAGAUCAAGGUCAAGAUCGACAAUCUCACACAGGCGUACAGACGGACGAUGCGCGGUGCACCUCUGCGUGGCGGAGACAUUCGCUGGUUCCAAUAUAUGCACAGAUUUCUCGGGGACAACUUCAUUUACCAGAGCGAUUCGUCGGAUGAGCCCGUAGCUCUCGUUUGUCCGAAAAGAUCGGCUGUUGGCAACUCUCAACAGACACCAGAAGAAUCUGGCUUACACGCGAACGGAAACGCUGAAAUCACAAGCACGCUUAAAUCGAGGAUCGGAAGUGAACCUUCAGAGGUGACAUCUUCUUAUGUAGACGAAGAACGGAAUUGUUCAACGACACCUCUGUCGAGCUGCAGCUCCGGCGGAGGUUCGGCCGUACUAAACGCUCUCCAAACUUCUCUGGCGAACGCCACCGUGGCCGCAAGCCCCGAAACAACGACGCCCACGGGUGGUAUCAAGAAGGAGAUCCUCUCCAAGGACGGUGGGGUUCUAGACGCUGAAGACGAUAUGCAAGACGGCAAAGUCACGAGCGAGAAGAAAACUAUCCGAUUCAGCACUGUGGAAAAUCAGCUGAAGAAGUCAAUAAGAAAAAAGUGUUGCCACCAUCCUGACAUUCUUUCACGGAAACUGAUAAAAUCAGUUGAACGAAUGCUUCAAGCCCAGCUUCUUGUGGCGCAGCAGGCGCUCGUAUCGCAGCAGCAGCUCCAACAGGCUCUCUUAGGCCAGCAACAACUAAUGCAAUGUCUCGUAGCUCUCCAAGACGCUACGACACGACAGCGGAACGUCUAG